AUGGCCGACCAAAUCGAAAUGCGUGAUCGUAUGACCGCUGUGGAAAAUCAACUCCAGCAGUUGCUCACCUCUAUGCAACUUAUGACAGAUCAAAUGCAAUCCCUCCAAGUGCAUCAGACUCUUGCACCCGCUAUCCCCGAGAUAGUAGUCCCAAAGCAGACGGACAAGGCCCACAUGGGUGAUGACGACAUGCCUGAGCUGGAGGAUGACCCACUGUUCGUCACAACCGAAAAGGCUAAGCCCGACAAUGUCCCUAAGGCGGAGCAAGAUGAACGCUUUGCCAAACUUGAAGAGAAACUGAAACAAUUGCAAGAGUCGCAUAAUUCACUCCCAUUCGACUUGUCAGUUUAUGAGAAAGUCAAAGUGCCGAAGAAGUUUAAGAUGCCGGAGUUCGAGAAAUACGAUGGCACUUCCUGCCCAAAAGCUCAUUUGCAAAUGUACCACGUACGCAUGGCCCAAUACGUCAAGAACGAGCCUCUCAUGAUCCAAUCGUUUCAUGCAAGCUUGACGGGGCCCGCACUCAACUGGUACAUAAUGAAGAAUGAGUUGAUGAAGUUGUUCGUCAAGACUCUCCCAUAUGAGUUCCGUAACCGGAUGGCUAGCACAUACGUUGAGAACUUCAACCAACUUAUCCCAGUGGGUGAACAGAUCGAGAUGGGGCUAAGGGAUGGAUGGUUCAAUGAACCAACUCUUCAGGGCAAAAGGUUCACCAUGAAGAAAGAUAAAGAACCAAUCACUGAAGUCAAUGUUGCAUAUGUGCAACCAGCUCCUAGUAAGCCUCCGAUGGUUCGUGUCCCCGGGAAUCAGCAAGAUGGAGGCCGAGUGCCUGCACAGCGGCAAUUCACCAAAAGGCAGUUCUCUCCUCUUCCUGGCCCUCUAUCUCAGGUCUUACCGAUACUCCGAAACAAGGGAUUGAUCUCCCACGAACCAAAGCGGCCCAAUGCUGAAAAAUUCUCCAACUAUGACCCCUCCAAAAAAUGUGAGUAUCAUAUGGGAGAGGUCGGCCAUUCAACUGAUGAAUGUUUGACCUUGAAACACAAGAUCCAAAAUUUGUUGGAUACUAAGGCAUUUUCUUUCCGUACCACCCAACCGAAUGUCAAGGAGAAUCCAUUGCCGGAACAUCAGGGAAACGUGAAUGCAAUCUUCGAGUUCAAUGCUGGCAAAAAGAUGAACUUGAAGGUCUCUGUCAAAGAUAUCUAUAGCGGAUUAGUUAGAGUUGGUUACUAUCCGACAGAUGAGAAUCCUCCCUUGCCUACCAUGAAGAAAAGGGUUCAAGAAAUGGUUAAGGCUGGCAUGAUCAUAUAUGCUGACCAAGCUGGAACAGUGUCAACCAUCUCCGAAGUCGUCAUUGAUUGGGAGAAGGAAUUUGCUAAGCUAGGUGCUGAAAAAAGUGAAUCAGAUCCAUUGAUCGAGGACAUGCCCCCACUUGAGGACGCCUCCGACCAUGAAGGAUUGAUAGAAAAUGUUGACCUGAUUACAAGGUCUGGUCGGACCUAUGCUCAAGCUAAUGCCCAACCGGCAAAGCCAGUUACUGAUGAAGAGGCUAAAGAAUUUCUGGCUAUAAUCAAAGCAAGUGAGUAUAAUGUGGUUGACCAGUUGCGGAAAUUGCCCGCUCAGAUCUCCUUACUUGAACUCUUGCAAACAUCUCCUACACAUCAAAAGUCUCUAAUGAAGGUUCUAAGCGAAGUUCGUGUACCAGAGACGAUUGAGGUAGACAGGUUGGAGGAAUUCGUAGGAUCGAUUCUUCUUAAGGAUUUAAUAGCCUUUUCUGAUGAAGAAUUCCCUCUUGAGGGGAGGGGACACACUAAGGCAUUAUAUAUAUCCGUCAAGUGCAAGGCUUCCCAUGUGGCUCGAGUACUCAUUGAUAAUGGGUCUGCCUUGAAUAUCUGUCCAUUGGCAACUCUUCACCGCCUGAAAAUAGAUCCUUCAAAAAUAAGUGCUGCAAAGACCUCCGUCCGAGCUUUUGAUGGUACGAGAAAGGAGGUGAUAGGAGAGACCCACCUUGAUCUGCAAAUAGGGCCGGUGAUGUUCAACGUCCUUUUCCAGCUAGUCAUUGUUCAUGGCGAGGAGGAUCAUCGGAUCUAUCAUGAGACGGCUAUCCCCUAUGUCGAGCCGGAACGUAGGGAGGAGUCGAGCUACCAAUCGUUUGAGCUCGUAUCCACUAUUCAUGCAUCUCGAGGAUCGACAGCACCCAUCCCUGAUGUGUCAAAUGCAGCAGUUAUGGUAGCAAGAGUGAUGGUUGGAAAUGGCUUUAUUCCUGGCCAUGGACUUGGUAGACAAGAACAGGGCAUCCGGAAUCCUAUUGAAGCCCCUCGAAGGUUUCGUUCCGCCGGAUUAGGGUACCAUGGAAGAGGUGGAGGACAUGAACAAGAGAGGAGAAACUCAUUACUCCUCAAUAUCCGCGAGACAUUCCCGGGCCCUGCUAGAAUGAUGCAUGAUGAGGGAGGAAUGAUCGACACCCGAGGUAUCGUGCUCGAUGGAUGGAAUAGCAUGGACGACCCGACAACUUCAAGGACAGAGGAUCCAGAUGAUGGGAUGGAAGGGAUCACGACUCUAUUCGAUGAUCUCCUCAUAGGUGCCAUUGAUGAAGAACCAUCCGAGGAAAUGGGUGCUAGCCCACAAGAGAGCAGCCUUAUGAUAGGCAAAGAGGUGAAAUUGGUCCAAUCCAAUGUCAUGAGCGAUGACGGUGAUGACCUUGAUGAUCCAAAUGGUGACUCCAUUGGAAUACAACAAAGUUGGGAGCAACAUGAAAAACCCAAAGUUCUCACCUCUGAGCAAACCGUCACUAUUAAUCUGAGUGAUGCCGAGGAGCCCAAAGAGAUAAAGAUUGGGGCAAAUCUUCCCAAAGAUGAGGCCGAGCACCUGACUCAAUUGCUAAAAGAAUAUCAAGAUAUCUUUGCUUGGACAUACGCUGAUAUGCCGGGUUUAGAUCCGUCGAUUGUGGAACAUUGUUUGCCCACUAAUCCAGACGUGCAUCCCAAGAAGCAGAAGCUUCGGAGGACUAAACCAGAGCUCUCGAAGAAAAUAGAAGAGGAAGUAAUGAAACUUCUCAAAGUGGGAUUCAUCGAAGUCUCGCAAUACCCUGAAUGGGUGGCCAACAUAGUACCGGUCAUGAAGAAAGACGGUCGAGUCCGAGUGUGUGUUGAUUACCGGGAUUUGAACAAGGCCAGCCCAAAGGAUGACUUCCCAUUGCCACAUAUCGAUGUUCUCGUGGAUAGUACUGCCGGAUUUGAAUUAUUCUCCUUCAUGGAUGGUUUUUCUGGCUACAACCAAAUAAGAAUGAAGGAUGAAGAUAAAGAGAAGACAGCAUUUAUCACCCCGUGGGGAACCUUUCAUUAUAAGGUCAUGCCCUUCGGACUCAAAAAUGCAGGGGCAACUUACCAGCGAGCCAUGGUUACAUUGUUCCAUGACAUGAUGCAUGAAGAAAUUGAGGUGUAUGUUGAUGAUAUGAUUGCAAAAACCCGACCUGGUAAAAGUCAUGUUGAAACCCUCAAGAAAUUAUUUGAUCGGCUUCGUGAAUUCAAACUCCGUUUAAACCCUGCCAAGUGCGUGUUCGGGGCAGCAUCAGGAAAAUUACUUGGGUUUAUGGUGAGUAGCAAAGGGAUCGAAAUUGACCCAUCUAAAGCCAAAGCAAUAUGUGAGUUGCAACCUCCGUCGACAGUGAAGGAGGUCCGGAGUCUCCUAGGGAGACUGAAUUACAUUGCACGAUUCAUUUCCCAACUCUCGGAGACCGCUAAGCCAUUCUUCAAACUCUUGAGGAAAAACGUACGAGUUGAGUGGAAUGAUGAAUGUCGAGAGGCGUUUGAUAAGCUGAAGCAAUAUUUGAUGAAUCCACCAGUUCUUGUCCCACCAAUAUCGGGGCAUCCUUUGACUUUGUAUCUCACAAUCCAUAGUGAGUCACUCGGCGCGAUGUUAGCCCAGAAAAGUCCCGUGGAUCAGAAGGAACGGGCCAUUUAUUACCUCAGUAAAAAGUUCACUGUCUCAGAGCUAAAAUAUUCUGAUGCUGAAAAAACUUGUGCCGCGUUAGUAUGGGUAUUGCAUACGCGACAGUACACCUUGCAUUACCAGACGUUCGUGAUCGAGAACGAUCCCAUCAAGUAUUUAUUUAAUCAACCAGCUUUGGUGGGUAAGCUAGCCAAAUGGCAGGUCUUGAUUUCGGAAUUCGACGUGCAGUUCAUGCCACAAAAAUCAGUUAAAGGCCGAGCGAUUGCUGAUUUAUUGGCUGAGAAUCCUAGAACCUUCAAUGAUGAUGAUUGUCCCUCGGAUGAUCGUAUUUUGGCCAUAAAUGAAGAUGCAUGGUCCAUGUUCUUCGAUGGAGCUGUGAACUUGUCCGGUUCUGGUACUGGGGCAGUACUGAUAUCCCCAGACGGACAACACCACCCAGUAGCCGCAAAAUUAAUAUUCCCAUGCACUAACAAUAUAGCUGAAUACGAAGCUUGUAUUCUCGGACUUCAGGCCGCAAUUGAAAUGGGAGUGGCCAAAUUGAAGGUAUAUGGAGAUUCUGCACUGAUCAUACUCCAGACUGUAGGUGAAUGGAAGACCAGGGAUGCCAAAUUACUGCCGUAUCAUAAGUACCUCGAAGAAUUGGUGAAGGAGUUCGAUGAAAUUUCAUUUGACUAUUUGGCUAGAUCCCAUAAUCAGUUCGCCGAUGCCUUGGCAACGUUGUCAUCCAUGUUGCAAGUUACCGAUGGUUUAGAAGUUGAGCCUUUGAAAAUUGAGGUUCUAGCCAAACCUUCUUAUUGCAUGGCUGUGAAUGAAGAACUUGAUGAGAAGCCGUGGUAUUAUGACAUCAUGAACUAUAUUCAAAAGCAGGAAUUUCCAGAAGGGAGCACUCCAGCCGAUAGAAAAUACAUAAUGAAGAUGGCCUCAAAGUUCUUUGUCAGUGGUAAGAAUUUAUACAAGAGAUCUUAUGAUUCAAUUCUAUUGAGGUGCGUAGAUGAAGCAGAAGCUACCCAAAUCAUGCAAGAGGUACAUGAAGGAGUUUGUGGCCCACACAUGAAUGGGCACAUGUUGGCCAAGAAGAUCAUGAGACUAGGUUACUAUUGGCCUGCGCUGGAAAGUGACUGCAUACAGCAUGUUAGAAGUUGCCAUCGUUGCCAAAUUCAUGGAGAUAGAAUAAAUGUUCCUCCAACGGAGUUGCACCAACUAUCUGAGCCAUGGCCUUUUUCAAUGUGGGGGAUUGAUGUGAUCGGCCCAAUAAAUCCCAAAGCUUCAAAUGGGCACCGAUUCAUAUUGGUGGCAAUAGAUUAUUUCUCAAAGUGGAUUGAAGCCGCAUCAUAUGCUAAUGUCACGGCUCGAAACGUUGUGAAGUUUAUUAAGCGUGACAUAAUCGCCCGUUAUGGUGUCCCCGAAGCAAUUGUCACUGACAAUGGGACAAAUCUGAAUAACAAGUUUGUUGAUGAGUUGUUCAGUAAGUUCAAAAUCAAGCAUUUGAAUUCAUCACCUUACCGCCCACAAAUGAAUGGAGCUGUUGAGGCAGCUAAUAAGAACAUCAAGAAGAUCCUGGCUAAGACAGCCGAGAAUUAUCGAGAUUGGCAUGACAGGUUACCCUUUGCUCUAAUGGCGUAUCGGACAUCGAUCCGAACAUCUACCGGGGCAACCCCUUUCUCCUUAGUUUAUGGCAUGGAGGCAGUCUUGCCUGUGGAAGUAGAAAUCCCCUCUUUGAGAGUUUUAUCCCAAGUGGAAUUGUCCGAGGCAGAAUGGACACAACAAAGGUUCGAGCAGUUGAACCUAAUUGAUGAGAAAAGGUUAAAAGCUCUUUGCCAUGGUCCGUAUCAACAAAGAGUAGCCAAGUCUUUCAAUCGGAAGGUACGGCCAAGACACUUCGAAGUGAAUGAUCUAGUUCUAAGAAAGGUGUUGCCGAUUUUCCGAUCCGGAGGCAAAUUUGCUCCAAAUUAUAGAGGCCCGUAUAUGGUGAAGAGGUACUCCGGAGGUGCUUUAAUCCUUAAAAUGGAUGGUCGUGAGUUUUCUAAUCCCGUUAACUCGAUCUUUGUGAAGAAGUACUACCCUUGA